AUGUCUAAAUUGGAUGACUUUUGGUUGAGAGACAAGAUGUACGAUCUCUUGGGUCUGUAUGAUAAUAUCACACACGAUUUUAUUAAAGAAUGUGCAAAAACCUCAACAAGCGCAACGGAGUUGAAAAAGAAAUUGAUUGAUUCAAGUUUUCCUGCAGAUGACGAGUUCUGUUCAGAGUUGCUAGCCAGAUUUGCAGGAAUCAAGCCUCCCAAGCCUUCAGAAUAUGAAUUGUGGGAGAAGGAGCAAUAGGAAAAAAAGCAGAAGGAGUACGAAUUAGUAGAAGCAAAUAAAGCUUAAUAAAUUUAAGUUCAUAAUCCGAAUGAGAAUAAGGAGGAGGACAAAAAGGCAAAGGAGGAGUUGCAUUAAAAAUUAAUAAAAAAGAAGCCCUUGGAUAGAUAGCAGGAAGAAUUGUUGAAGAAGAUUGAAUUGGAGAAAGUGAAGGAAGAAUCCAGGAUGAAGUAUUUGAAAGAAAGAGAAUUGAAAUAGUUGAAAUUGAAGCAAAUGAUUUAGAAGGACGAGGAACAAAUAUUCGAUGAGGCAGAAUUGACAAAGAAGGAAAAAGAGGAGAGAGAAUUGAAUUAACUAAUAUUGAAGGCAGCAGAGACUCAGAAAGACAAUGACAUAGUGGUUGAAUAUUAUAAAUAGCCAGAUUUAUAUGAAGAGGAUGGUAAAAUAUUGAAAGAUAAAACUGAUGUCUUGAAGAAGAAAGCUACAGACAUUAAACCUGAGAUGCCUGAAGAGGAACAAUGGCAAUAGCACAUAUCUACAAGGGCUAAUUAACAUGUGAGAACUUGGGAUGAAAUUGAGUAGAAGAGAAUUAAGAAGUACGAAUUAUUGUAUGAAAAUGCAAUAGACUUCGUUUAAUUAGAAGUAAUCAAGGAAUUAGGAAAAAUCUAAAUGAAAAAACAAAAAAGAAAGAAGGAAAAAGAGAAGAAGAAAAAGAAAGAUAAGAAGAAGAAGAAACAUCGAAAUUCUAGCAGCAGUAGUAGUAGUUCUAGUGGUAGCAGUUCAAGUGAAGAGGAGUAACCUAAGCCUUAAUAUCCAAUGGAACCUUAAAAGCCCUAAAAAAGUGCAAUGCAGAUUGUCAAGGAAGGAUUGCCCAUCUUUAAAUUCAGAACUCAACUAUUAUCGUUAAUUAGGGACAACAAAGUAAUUGUUAUGGUUGGAGAAACAGGUUCAGGAAAGACUACACAAUUGGCAUAAUACUUACAUGAGGUUGGUUACACUAGAACAGGGAUGAUUGGAUGUACUUAGCCAAGGAGAGUGGCUGCUAUGUCAGUGGCAUCUCGAGUGGCAUUGGAAAUGGGUGUGAAAUUGGGACAUGAGGUAGGUUAUUCAAUAAGAUUUGAAGAUUGUUGUAAUGAAUCUACUAUCAUCAAAUACAUGACAGAUGGUAUGUUAUUGAGGGAAUUCAUGAUUGAUCCAAUGUUACAGAAAUAUAGUGUAUUAAUUAUUGACGAAGCUCACGAAAGAACCUUGCAUACUGACAUCUUGUUGAGUUUAAUUAAAGAUAUAAGCAGAGCUAGGGAUGAUCUCAAAGUAGUGAUUUCCUCAGCCACACUUGAUGCAUAGAAAUUUAGCUAAUAUUUCGAUGAUGCACCCAUCAUUCAAAUCCCAGGUAGAAGAUAUUAAGUAGAUAUCUAUUACACCCAACAACCAGAAGGCAAUUAUGUCGAAGCAGCUGUUGUCACUGUUCUUCAAAUUCAUGUUACCUAAGGUGUCGGGGAUAUUUUAGUCUUCUUGACUGGACAAGAUGAAAUUGAAGAUGCUGAAGAAAUGCUUAAAGCGAGAACCAAAGGAUUCUCUAAAAAAAUACCUGAAUUAAUCAUUUGUCCUGUUUAUGCUGCCUUACCCAGUGAGUAGUAAGUCAAAAUAUUUGAACCUACUCCUAAAGGUUGUCGAAAAGUAGUCUUGGCUACUAAUAUAGCAGAAACCAGUAUCACUAUUGACAAUAUCAUUUAUGUUGUUGAUUGUGGAUUUGUCAAGCAAACAUCUUUUAGUCCAUCCACAGGUAUUGAAUCAUUACAGGUUGUACCAUGUUCUAAGGCUAAUGCUAAUUAAAGAGCAGGCAGAGCAGGUCGUAUUGCACCAGGAAAGUGCUUUAGACUUUAUACUGCAUGGUCGUAUAAUAAUGAAUUAGAAGACUCACCGAUCCCUGAAAUCCAAAGAACCAACCUUGGUAAUGUUGUGUUAUUACUCAAAACAAUGGNAAAGAUAAAACUGAUGUCUUGAAGAAGAAAGCUACAGACAUUAAACCUGAGAUGCCUGAAGAGGAACAAUGGCAAUAGCACAUAUCUACAAGGGCUAAUUAACAUGUGAGAACUUGGGAUGAAAUUGAGUAGAAGAGAAUUAAGAAGUACGAAUUAUUGUAUGAAAAUGCAAUAGACUUCGUUUAAUUAGAAGUAAUCAAGGAAUUAGGAAAAAUCUAAAUGAAAAAACAAAAAAGAAAGAAGGAAAAAGAGAAGAAGAAAAAGAAAGAUAAGAAGAAGAAGAAACAUCGAAAUUCUAGCAGCAGUAGUAGUAGUUCUAGUGGUAGCAGUUCAAGUGAAGAGGAGUAACCUAAGCCUUAAUAUCCAAUGGAACCUUAAAAGCCCUAAAAAAGUGCAAUGCAGAUUGUCAAGGAAGGAUUGCCCAUCUUUAAAUUCAGAACUCAACUAUUAUCGUUAAUUAGGGACAACAAAGUAAUUGUUAUGGUUGGAGAAACAGGUUCAGGAAAGACUACACAAUUGGCAUAAUACUUACAUGAGGUUGGUUACACUAGAACAGGGAUGAUUGGAUGUACUUAGCCAAGGAGAGUGGCUGCUAUGUCAGUGGCAUCUCGAGUGGCAUUGGAAAUGGGUGUGAAAUUGGGACAUGAGGUAGGUUAUUCAAUAAGAUUUGAAGAUUGUUGUAAUGAAUCUACUAUCAUCAAAUACAUGACAGAUGGUAUGUUAUUGAGGGAAUUCAUGAUUGAUCCAAUGUUACAGAAAUAUAGUGUAUUAAUUAUUGACGAAGCUCACGAAAGAACCUUGCAUACUGACAUCUUGUUGAGUUUAAUUAAAGAUAUAAGCAGAGCUAGGGAUGAUCUCAAAGUAGUGAUUUCCUCAGCCACACUUGAUGCAUAGAAAUUUAGCUAAUAUUUCGAUGAUGCACCCAUCAUUCAAAUCCCAGGUAGAAGAUAUUAAGUAGAUAUCUAUUACACCCAACAACCAGAAGGCAAUUAUGUCGAAGCAGCUGUUGUCACUGUUCUUCAAAUUCAUGUUACCUAAGGUGUCGGGGAUAUUUUAGUCUUCUUGACUGGACAAGAUGAAAUUGAAGAUGCUGAAGAAAUGCUUAAAGCGAGAACCAAAGGAUUCUCUAAAAAAAUACCUGAAUUAAUCAUUUGUCCUGUUUAUGCUGCCUUACCCAGUGAGUAGUAAGUCAAAAUAUUUGAACCUACUCCUAAAGGUUGUCGAAAAGUAGUCUUGGCUACUAAUAUAGCAGAAACCAGUAUCACUAUUGACAAUAUCAUUUAUGUUGUUGAUUGUGGAUUUGUCAAGCAAACAUCUUUUAGUCCAUCCACAGGUAUUGAAUCAUUACAGGUUGUACCAUGUUCUAAGGCUAAUGCUAAUUAAAGAGCAGGCAGAGCAGGUCGUAUUGCACCAGGAAAGUGCUUUAGACUUUAUACUGCAUGGUCGUAUAAUAAUGAAUUAGAAGACUCACCGAUCCCUGAAAUCCAAAGAACCAACCUUGGUAAUGUUGUGUUAUUACUCAAAACAAUGGGUAUCAAUAAUUUGGUUAAUUUCGAUUACAUGGAUGCUCCACCUCAUGAAAUGUUACUAAGGGCUUUGGAGUAAUUAUAUUCUUUGGGAGCAUUGAAUAACGAAGGCGAAUUGACUAAAUUAGGAAGAAGAAUGGCUGAAUUUCCAUUAGACCCUAUGCUUUCAAAGAUGGUAGUUACAUCUGAACAUUUUAAAUGUGUAGAUUAGAUUAUCACUAUUUCUGCCAUGCUUUCUGUUGGAAAUACUAUCUUUUAUCGUCCAAAAGAAAAGCAAGUCCAUGCUGAUACUUCAAAAAAGAACUUUUAUAGACCUGGUGGAGAUCACAUGACUUUAUUGAAUAUCUACAAUUAAUGGAAGGAUUGCAAUUAUACGAAAGAGUUCUGUUAUGAAAGCUUCAUCCAAUUCAAAGCAAUGAAAAGGGCACAAGAUAUUAAGGAAUAAUUGACUUCUUUGUGUGAGAGAGUAGAAAUUGAUAUCAAGGAUGAAACUCUGUCUAUUUACGAAGAUGGUGGUAUCAAUAUCAGAAAAUGCAUCACUUCUGGAUUCUUUUAUAAUUCAGCUAAAAAAUAAAAGAGUGGAGUCUAUAGAACUCUCAAGAAUAGUCAUGAAACAUAAAUUCAUCCUUCCUCCUUAUUAUUCCAAGAAAAACCAGAGUGGGUAAUUUAUCAUGAAUUAGUGUUAACUACAAAGGAGUAUAUGAGGAAUGUAUGUGAAAUCAAACCGGAAUGGCUUUAUGAAAUAGCACCUCAUUAUUUCACCGAAGACUUUAUCAAAUCAAAUUAAAAAACAUUGCCUAAAGCAAAAAUUGAUAUUAAUCAAUUUUGA